AUGGCACCAAUCAUUCCCAUUCCAACGUUUCAAGCGGAAGUAGUAGAUGCGGCUCAAUACGAUCCCAUCCUCAUGCGUCAGGCCAAAGCCAGCGGCGAUGUAGCGGUCACCAAAUCUUGGACCACUACCAUUGGAUAUUUUGGACCCAGUCAUGUACGAUACCGACGUGAUCGAGGCGAUCAGGGAGAGGUCCACGUAGAACUCUUCUUGUGUCCCACUACCGAAGGAAAGAGUCGAGUCUUUUUGUUCAAUGUCAUGGUUCCUGGUAAACAACAGCCUCCAGUGAAUACGGCAAAACCUCAUCUCGGCCAAAAGCUAUGGAACAACCUCAAGCCUUCGACAUGGAAGCAACGAAUGAUGAAACGAAUUCUCCAAAACUUCUUUGCUGGAGAGCGGGGACACCUUGCGUCACACAGUAUUUUUGAUGGAGACGGCAUCUUUCUGCACAAACAAGGGAAUCGAAUGAAACAAGCCAAGAAGAGCUAUCAAGACUAUUCGACACCGUCAUCCGCGGAUAUCCUACUCAAUGCCUAUCGAAGAUGGUUGGACCAAGUGGCCCAGAAAACGCGAGCCAAUGGCUUGGACGCAGUUUCGCAGUCCGUGGUGGGCAGCAAUGCCUACGCGGCGGAUGAUGAUACGGCAAGGUCGCUCCUGUUGGAUCGGUACAAUACGCACACAAAAGACUGCCCACUUUGUCUAGCAUCGCUUCAAAAGAAAAGACGUCAAAAUGCCAGACUACAGGUGUUACAAACGGCACUUCAAGGUGCAACCGGUGCAUCUAUGACGUUGUUCCUAGUUGCCUUGGCCGCAGCGCAGGCUUCUGGCGUACGCCUCGCCCCUCUUCUGCGAGCACUUGGCUUUGCUACGGCAGGCACAUUUGGUGGUUCCCUUUGGAGCAGACAACAACAGGAGAAGCUGGACAAGAAGAUCAACUCCUUCAUCUUCGAAGACUAUAUUCACGCAGAAAAGAACUAA